AUGUCCGUCGGGGUAAACGAGCUGCCCUGUGAGGGCUCAUCUGAGGAAGCAGCAGUCGAGUUUGCCCAUCAAUCAGAGAAGCUGUCCUACCAGCCGCCAGAUAGCCCGGACAACAAAGGCGUCGCCGUCGAAGCCAUCUUUGUUGCACCCCAGGACCCCGUCAUCGUCACAUCGGAUGGAAACCGAUUACCCGCUGUUCCGGCCAUCGAAGCUUACAAGCUUAACGUGCUCAAGGAAGAAGCUGAAAGACAAGAUGGAGUUAGGAUACACGUCAGGGAAGCCAGUCGGCCGCGCGAUACGGUCAAGGAAACGGAGGAUUCGGAAGGAGACAGGGUUCUCAGCUUUCCCCGCGAGGAGGAUGAGAAGAAACGCAACACUUCGGACUCGACCGACGGCAACCUCAAGAGGUCGAUGCCUCCUUCCCAUACGCACCCUCUUUUCCCACCAUUACCGCUCUACGGCCCGUCGUCGCGCUGGCGAGACAUACACUGUUUGCUGUUCCGCUUCACCUCCUUCUUCCUCAGUCUGGCAUUCCUGGGCGUCAUUGUCCUAGGCUCCCUCUUUACCAGCAUAGGACCCGCAUUCCAGUACAUGUGGAAGCGGCUGGAUAACAAGGAUCCAGACGCCGACCGGCCAUUCUACAAGGAAGAGAAAAGACGGCAACAAUUGCGAGAGCAACAAGUCCGCAGAUGGAGGCGCUGGAGGUCGGCGAGCCACCUCGACCACGAAGACGGUGAAGACAACGACGAAGGCGAUAGUGACGUCAAGGCCGUUGGCCCCGACCCCAUUGUGUGCGACGUAGGCUUCUAUGCCCGCCGUGUCGGGCUCGAUGCCGAGACUCAUCUUGUUGAAACCGAAGAUGGGUUCAUCAUUGAGCUUUGGCAUGUGUACGAUCCCGAAGAAUACACUCCACUGCCAGAAGAGGAGCGGCGACACAAGGGUCCCGACCUGUUCACCGGCGAGACCAGGAGGAAACCAGGACAAACCAAGAACAACAAGAAGCCCAAGUUCCCCGUUCUUCUUAUGCACGGCCUCCUUCAAUCCUCAGGCGCCUACUGCGUCAACGAUGAGGACUCGCUUGCCUUCUAUCUCUGCAAGUCCGGCUACGACGUCUGGCUCGGCAACAACCGAUGCGGCUUCAAGCCGCGCCACGUCUUGCUCGAGUAUUCGGAUCCACGCAUGUGGUGCUGGAACAUCCGUCAGAUGGGCGUCUUUGACCUGCCCGCCCUGACCUCGCGUGUCUUGUACGAGACCGGCUUCGAGAAAGCCGGACUGAUUGCCCACUCCCAGGGCACCACGCAGACGUUUGUCGCUUUAGCCAAGGAACAGCGACCGGAUCUGGGUGAGAAGCUUACCGUCUUUUGCGCCCUCGCGCCGGCGGCCUAUGCAGGCCCGUUGAUCGGCAAAAUGUAUUUCAAGUUCAUGCGCGUCAUCACCCCUGCCAUGUUCCGCAUGUUAUUCGGCAUCCAUGCCUUCAUCCCCUUCAUGAUGACGAUGCACUCCCUCCUCCACCCGCGCGUCUACGGCUGGCUCGGGUACAAGGUCUUCUCGUUCUUGUUCAACUGGACCGACCGUCGCUGGGACCGGGGCCUCAAGAACAGAAUGUUCCAAUUCGCACCCGUCUACGCCAGUGCUGAGUCUAUGCGCUGGUGGCUGGGCAGGGAGUGUUUUGCUAAGCACAAGUGUAUCCUGGCCACCAAGGAGGAAUGGAAGGCAGAGGAGAAGGAAGAUCGCGAACUGGCUAAGCAUGAUAAGGAGGAGAGAAAUCGUAACGAGAAAAAGGCGGACAAGAUUCUCAAGGCCGCAGAGCGCGAUAUCGAGGGUAAUAAAGAGUCGAAGGAGAAGUCGAAGGAGAAGUCGAAGGCUACGGCUCGUAAGAUGAGACCUAAAGGCUCAAGGGCCUGGUACAACCACCAAGCACCGCCCUUCGCUAUGUGGGUGUGCGGCAACGACGCCCUGGUGGACGGAGACAAACUCCUCAGGAGGUUCGAUCGCGGACGUGAGCCACAUGUGAAGGUGGUUCACAAGAAGGUCAUUGACGAGUAUGAACAUCUGGACGUCAUCUGGGCGAUGGAUGCGGUGGACCAGGUGUUCAAGGAGAUCAGGGAGGUGUUGUGGAAGACCUGCAAUGCCAGAGAUAUGUGCCGUGUUCCCGAGGGUUGCGAAGACGUACCGGCUUGGAAUCCGGCUGGAAGUGAAGAUACCAAAAAGGAGGAGAAUGAUGAUGGGAUGGAGUCGGAUUCCAGCAGCAGUGGCGAUGAAGAUGAGUCUUCGUAG